AUGGAAGGUUAAAGUACGAGGCUUUGAGUAAUUGAUAAUGUCGCAGACUAAGGAAAAUGAAUAUCAAUAAUUUGAUUUGCCAAUAUUUUUAAAAUUUCGAUUGUAUAAAGUAAACUGAAAAAGUUACGGCUAUCCAGAACAUUUUAUUCAGCGAUUUUGCUCUUGUAACUGUUGACCUAAAAUUUUUUGUAUAUACGUACGAAUGAAAGUCGUUCGUAGUGAAAUUGUCGAAACGAAUAGAAAUUCAUGCCUGCAUAGGAGCUAGUCACAUCCCACAUAGUGUAAAUGGGAUCGAAACGUACAUAUGAUUAUUAACCGUAAAAGGGAUUAGCAGAUAAACCGGAUUGUUUAGAUGGCCUCUGUUAAAGUUCCUGAACAGAAAGUUAUAUUGUGUGGUGAAUUUGGUGUUGGAAAAAGUUCCUUAUUUCGUCGUUAUGCCACGAAUUCGUUUGUUACUGCUACAGAUAGACAGUCUACUUUAGGACUGGAUCAUUUUGAUAAGGAAUACAAAGUGGGAGGGAAGGAAAUACGGUUGCAGUUGUGGGACACAGGGGGCAUGGAAAGAGUUGCUUCUAUUACAUCAAGUUACUACAAGUUUGCUGAGGCAGCUAUUUUAGUGUUUUCACUUGACAACCCAGCAUCUUUCCAUGUGCUUUCUCAGCACCUACUGGACAUUGUAACAUAUGCUGAGAAUGCAAAGAUAUUUCUGUGUGGAAAUAAGGUUGAUCUUGAAGGUCAGACACCUCAAGUUACAGAAAGUGACAUGGAGAACUUUUGUGAGCAGUGUCACAACCUUAUUAGUGCCACAUACAAGACAUCAUGUAAGACAGGCCAAGGUGUUGAAGAAAUGUUUGCAGACAUAGCUCAUCACUUGGUGGAGUCCAACAGAUCACGUCUUGAACUACAAGCAAUAGAUAAGGAAUCUUUCAAGAUCACCCCACCAGACGAGGCCACAGAGCCUACCUGCCUGUGCUAACAUUUCUCCUAGAAUAUCCAGCGCAGAUACUGAUGAAUCCAAGCAAAGAUUUUCAUGAGAUUACAGAGCAGUACUGUCAUUAGACAAACAAGAAUGGACCAUCCAUAUGGCUGCUGGCCUAAUUAGGCACAGCACAGUCUAGAUCAGUGGUCCUCAACUUUUGUCAGACAAUGGCCCAGUAAAUUCUUUUUUAUAUAAACCAAGGAACCGGUACCGGGCCGCAGCCCAGCGGUUGAGAAACAGUGGUCCAGACAGAUGUGUUACUUCAGAAAACACACAUCACAUCUAGUGUUAAAAGAGGAGAGAUGAGAGCUUUGUACAACUUUACUAAUGUGCAAUGUGACUUUUAACUUCUUGACAUGGUGCAUGCAUGGCUGUUAGCUGAUGAUGGACGCGACUGAAUCAACAGAGUGCAUCGCAGUAGCCUACUUUUGAAUCUUGUCUUCAUAUUGUAAUGACAUAAUGAGGUCUGAGAACAAAAGAAAUGUUUUUCAUGUGUAAAAUGAGCAAUUUUUUAAGCAUGUCUGAAAGUACAGCAUUCCUUUGCUGACUGUUUUGCCAACAAUGGUAUUUGAGUUUACGUAUGUGCAGUUUUAAUUGCCUACACAUGAGAAAAGACUGCUACUGGCUGCAUCAAGAGAUUAACAUUUUUGGGGGUGUGGGGGGGUAGUGUAAUAGCAUGCAAAGCUGGUUCUUUUGAUAUCUCGCUGUAUUGUGUCUUUUUUGUGACACAAUUUUAUAUUAUUAUUGUGUAGAUUUAAAUGCUUUAUAACAGAUCUUUGUGGCCAGUGAAGGAACAGGUGCAAUUCCCUGAAGUUUUGACGAGCAUUAAAAGAAAGUGCAGGUCCCCUAACCUCCAUUAUCCCAUAAGGGCUUAGUCUUGCCAGUUGUGUUUUUCAGGGGCAUAAUCCAUGCAGUCAGUGAAGGAUUGCCGUACUAGAAAAGAAUAUGCAGGAUCUAAUUUUUUUUUGUACAGAUAACUGAUAAUUUUAAAUAUGCAGCAUGGUGAUGUAUAUGUAAAAUCAAUUUGUCUUUACAGACUUGGAAUAAUUUCCUUAUAAUACUUCUUAUAGUUGCAUAUGCUGUAACAGUACUAAAUGUGCUUAAUAUCAUUAGAUUAAUAACAACGAAGAAGAGAAUUUAAGAUGCUUGCAGAUACCACAGUUGAACUCAUUUUAAAAUAUGUGCUGCUGAAUAAUAUUUGGGCUUUAUGUAUUAUCAUGAUAUUAAAGCCACAACCUUUGUGUUAUUAUAUUGUAUAUUUCGUUAUUAAAUACAACAGCAACUGCCAA